CCUUUGGCCAGUAAAUCGGAAGAGAAAAAGCGAUUGGAUGAACAUGAACCGAUGCUCCUCACUGCCCAGGACAGGAAACUAGGUCGCAGGGCUGCUUCCUGGUGGCAGCUGAGGGAGGAGGAAUAUUCAGGAGCAGCAAUGGACCAACGUGAACACCAUCACUCAGGACCACAUGGGAAGAACCAACUUGCCAGAGGAUCAGAGCUGAGGAUCAUUCUGGUGGGCAAAACGGGCACUGGCAAAAGUGCCACUGGGAACAGCAUCCUUGGGAAGCAAGCGUUUGAGUCGCGGCUGGGUGCCCGGACCCUGACCAAGACUUGCAGUCAAAGUCGGGGAGGCUGGGGAGAGAGGGAGAUGGUCGUUAUUGACACGCCAGAUAUGUUUUCUGGGAAGGACCACGCUGACUCCCUGUACAAGGAGGUCCAGAGAUGCUAUUCGCUCUCUGCCCCAGGACCCCAUGUGCUGCUCCUGGUGACGCAGCUGGGCCGAUUCACCACCCAGGACCAGCAGGCUGCGCAGAGGGUGAGGGAGAUCUUUGGAGACGAUGCCAUGAGACACACAAUUGUCCUCUUCACCCACAAGGAAGACCUGGAGGGAGGGUCCUUGGUAGACUACAUCCACGACUCAGAGAACAAAGCCCUAAGCAAGCUGGUGGCAGCGUGUGGGGGGCGAGUGUGUGCCUUCAAUAACCGUGCUAAAGGCAGUGACCGGGACGACCAACUGAAGGAGCUCAUGGACUUGAUUGAGGACCUGGUGAGGGAGCACAGGGGUGACCACUAUGCCAAUGGGCUGUACGGCUUAGUGACAGGGUCAGAAGGUGGACCUGUGCAGUCAGAGGAAGCACUGAAGGAUUUCAAAGAGAGUCUUAUCAAGUACAUGGAAAUUCAGAGACGUUACACAACCACGGCCAACGCCAGUUGCCUAAAACAAGCCCUAAUCAAAGCACUAGUCUGUCUUUUGUUUUGUAUUCAGUUGUUUGUCAAAUUGCUAAUUCUGUUAUUUUGUGUAUUGUACAGAAUGUGCAACUUCUUUUACUGCUCACUCUUUUGUAUAUACAAUUUCUUCUGUGGCUUCCUGUUAAUUAUACUUCAAGAAUUAAUGAUAAUUUCCAGAAAGACCACUGGACUGGAACGCAAGACUCCUAGACUAUAGGGACAGACCAGUAAUUAUCUGCUCACUGUCAUAUAGUGCGUGAAUCACAGGGCCUCCGUGUAAUGCACAGCCUGACAUCAGUGAAUGUUCGAGAUUCUGUGAAGCGUUUCAAUCUUAACAUCACCCUAUUUAUUAAUGAACCAAAUUAUUGUAAAAGUUACUGUUUGUUUUGAAAUAUAAUACCAGAACCUUUUAGAAUCUGUCUACAUAAAAUUCCUCUCAUUUUUAAAUCUCUAAAGCCCAUUUUAUGUUCAUGGAAACUCCCUUUCUUCUUCCUAAUACUAUUUCUACUGAACUUAAGAAAAAUAACAAUAAAAUUUCUACUCAAUAUAAUAACAAUAAGUUAACCAUAAAGUUCCUGAGAUGACUUGUCUUUAUUUCUGUUCUAUGGUUUUAUCCUCAGAAGAUGGUAAGUGGACAUAUGGCUCAUUUACUCCAUAAGGGAUCCAAUUUAUGCCAAACUACCACACACAGAGACAUGGACAUGUCAAUGGUCUGUUUUACAUACAUAUAAUUUGCUUAAUGGCUCAGCCAGGUUUGAUCCCUGGUCCCACUCACAUCGGGCAGUGAAACACACAUAGAAGCUUACACUUCAGACAAGAUGGCGGACUGGGUACUCUGACGCAUCAUCCUGUUAAAUGCAAAUAGAAGCUAAAUUUAUUAAAAUAAACAAGACCUUUACAACUGAUGAGCUCACUAGAAAAUAAGGAAAACUCCAAAAGUGAAGCAAACAAUACACAUAAAAAGAAGGUGGAGCUAAAACUGGACUUGAGAGCCACGAGGAAUAAGCAAACUUGGAAGGCAGGGUUGACCAACAGGCACAUGCUGAUACCCACGCUGAGCUCAAGAAACUCAGCCUGGGGUGUCAGCAAAGCUGAAGAGUGACUCCGAGGCUUCUAUAUCAUGUGAGGACCUUCCCAGGGAACUGAUAUUGCAAACUCAUUUUUAUCCAAAUAUACAAGGCUGUUCUCAUUUUUUAUUUCUUCUUAUGCUCAUUUUGGUAAGCUAUGCUUUUGAAGGUACUUUUCUAUUAUAUUGAAGUUGUUGAUUUGCACAAACUCAUAAAAUCUUUUUAUUAUGGCUUUGAUAUGUACAGGAACCACAGUAAUCUCUCCUCUUUGAAUUCUGCCAUUGGUAGUUCAUGAUUAUUUAUUUUUGUUUGAUCAGCCUGGCUGGAAGUUUAUGAAUUUUAUUAAACAUUACAAAAAUUUAAG